AUGGGCUAUAAGGCCGGUAUGACCACGAUCGUGCGCGACCUCGAUCGACCUGGCGCAAAGAUGCACAAGAAGGAGGUUGUUGAAGCGGUCACGGUUAUCGAGACACCACCAGUAUGUCAAUGGCGGAAGGGAAUCCGAGCGAGGGCUAACACUGGGCAGAUGAUCGUUGUCGGUCUCGUGGGCUACAUCGAGACUCCUCGCGGCCUCCGAUCUCUCACCACCGUCUGGGCUGAGCAUCUCAGCGACGAAUUGCGACGACGAUUCUACAAGAACUGGUACCGAUCGAAGAAGAAGGCAUUCACCAAGUACGCCAAGCAACACUCGGACAACAAGGGAUCCUCGGUCACUCGUGAGCUCGAGCGCAUCAAGAAGUACUGCACCGUUGUCCGUGUCCUCGCACACACCCAGAUCCGCUCGACUCCGCUGAAGCAGAAGAAGGCGCAUUUGAUGGAAGUUCAGAUCAACGGUGGAAGCGUCGCAGACAAGGUCGAGUUCGGCCACGGCUUGUUCGAGAAGCCCGUCGAGAUCGACAGUGUCUUCGAGCAGAACGAGAUGAUUGAUGCCAUUGCUGUCACCAAGGGUCACGGUUUCCAGGGAGUCACCAGCAGAUGGGGUACCAAGAAGCUUCCGAGAAAGACACACAAGGGUCUGCGCAAGGUCGCCUGUAUCGGUGCAUGGCAUCCUUCGCACGUCCAAUGGACUGUCGCUCGUGCCGGUCAGAUGGGCUACCACCACCGUACCUCUGUCAAUCACAAGAUCUACCGUAUCGGCAAGGGCAAGGACGAGAAGAACGCAGCAACCGAGUUUGACGUUGUCAACAAGCAAAUCACACCAAUGGGUGGUUUCGUCCACUACGGUGAGGUCAAGAACGACUUCGUCAUGCUCAAGGGUUCCGUUCCCGGUGUCAAGAAGCGAGUCAUCACUCUCCGAAAGUCCAUGUUCCCUCACACCUCCCGCAAGGCUCUCGAGAAGGUCGAACUCAAGUGGAUCGAUACUUCGUCCAAAUUCGGUCAUGGUGCUUACCAGACUCCUCAGGAGAAGAGACAGUUCUUGGGCACACUCAAGAAGGACUUGGUUGCUUCCUCCUAA